AUGAUAGACAUAGCCUGGUCCAUUGUUGGGAAGCUUGCUGAAUACACAGUCUAUCCAGUUUUGCGCCAAAUCAAGUACUCGUUCUUCUACAACAGUAACAUUCAGAAUUUGCGGACUAAAGUUCAAGAACUUGAAAAUAAGAGAAAUGACGUGAAACUACAGGUUGAUGCUGCCAAAAGAAAUGCUGAAAUCAUCGGGGAAGAAGUUUCGGCAUGGUUGCAAAAGGUCGAUGACUUAAAGCAAAAAGCUCAAGAAAUUUUGAACAGUGUGGCAGGUUCUGAAAUGCGGUGUCUAUUCAAUAGAUGUCCAAAUUUGAAGUCUCGUUACUUAUUAAGCAGGAGAGCCACAAAGAAGACUAUUAAGGCUGAUAAGCUCAAAGGGGAAGGUACAUUUGAGAGGGUGGGCUAUCCUCCACCGCCGGUGCAACUGUUGAACCUAACUUCCCACGAGGGUUUCGAAACAAGGUUAUCAACUAAGAAGAAAAUCAAGGAAGCUCUAAAGGGCAAAGAUAUCGGCAUAAUUGGGAUCUAUGGCAUGCCUGGAGUUGGUAAGACAACAAUGGCAAUGGAAAUAGACAAAGAAGCCAAAGAUGAGAAAUUAUUUGAGGAGGUUGCAUUUGCAGUUGUAUCUAACGAUCCAGACGAAAACAAAAUUCAAGAUCAACUCGCUGAAGCGCUUGGUCUAAAAAUUGAAGAUAAGACAACUAGAGUGAGAGCUGGACAACUUCGUCGAAGGCUUGAAGGUAACAAGAGCAUUCUUGUAAUAUUAGACGAUGUGUGGACAGAAAUUGAUUUGGGAACUAUAGGAAUUCCAUCUCCACGUGAUCGCAGAGGGUUGAAAAUUAUGUUUACAACGCGAAUUGAAGAAACGUGUAGUAAAAUGAAAGCCCAAACAUUCGAAAUCGAAGUUUUACCUGAAGAAGAAGAAUGGCAACUUUUCAAGGACACGGCAGAGAUUUCUGAUGAUGAAACUGAUGUCGUAAGCAUAGCCAAAAGAGUUGCACGCGAAUGUAAAGGUCUACCUCUUGCUCUAGUGGUUGUUGGCAAAGCACUGAAAAACAAGGGCAUACAUAAAUGGAGAGAUGCACUUCAACAGCUAGAGAAGUCUAGAGUGACCAAUCUUGAUGGAAUGCACAAAUUGGUGUACUCAAGAAUAAAAUUGAGCUACGACUUUUUGGAAAGUGAUCAAGACCGGAAAGUGCUUUUGCUAUGUUCUCUAUUCGCUGAAGAUGAACGUAUUCCAAUUGAAAUUUUGGUUAUAUAUGCAAGGGGAUUAGAGUUGUUUCCAGAUACUGAGACGCUCAGCAAAACUAGAGAUCGAGCAUAUUCAAUUGCGGAUAAUCUAAAAAGUUGUAAUUUAUUGCAACUGGAUGAGCGGAAAGACGAGGUGAAAUUGCAUGAUGUUAUCAGAGAUUUUUGCUUAGAGAUAGCAAUUAAAGAAAAAUGUGGAUAUAUGGUGAAACAUGCUGGUUUGAAAGAGUGGCCAGAACACGAUGCUGAUGAAUCGUUGAGGAAUUCUUAG